CGCAGAACUGUCUGAGCUGCUAGGUUGGGGUUUAGUUUUAGAACUACAUCACACCCAAGACAAUCUCUGUAAGGACCAAAGACCCGUGUUUGAUGAAAGCAAUCACCGAUAAUAAACUAGCAGAAGGUGUGGCAGUGAUUGUGAAGUUCUUAGAGAUGGACUACCAGCUGAAUGGACAGGAACAAUGUGAGUUUGAGGAAGUGGCCGUUUACUUCUCCGAGGAGGAGUGGGACUGUUUAAAUGAAGUCGAGAAGGAGCUUUACCGGGAUGUGAUGAUGGAGAAUUACCAGACCCUCAGGUCUCUGGGAAGAAUCAAUGCAAUGCCUCGGAUUAUGUCAGUGAUUGAGCGAGGAGAGGAGCCAUGUGUGAACAGUCAACUGCAGAGUAAGGAGACAGAGAGUCCCACAAGUUGUGACCCAGGUUUCUCUGUGGAAAGAAAUACUAACAGAGGGCGCCUCAAGAAUAGAAACUUACAAAUCAAAGAUGAAACGAUUUAUUUUACAGUAAAGAGCAAGAACUCCAACACACAGGAACCAGGAAAUCCUUCAGAAUCAUCUAUGCCUACACAGCAAAUAGUAACGGACAGUAAGAAACCAUUCUCAUGUUCUGAAUGUGGGAAAUGCUUGGCCACAAAGUCAGAAUUUGUAAAUCAUCAUAAAAUUCACAUUGGACUGAAAUCAUUUGCAUGUUCUGAAUGUGAGAGAUCUUUUCGCUCAAAGUCAGAGCUUAUAAUUCAUCAGAGAACUCACACUGGAGUAAAACCAUUUCCAUGCUCUGAAUGUGUGCGAAGUUUUAGUAAACACUCAAAUCUGGUCAGACAUCAGAGAACUCAUACUGGUGAGAAACCUUUCUUAUGUUCUGAAUGUGGCAAUUCUUUUAACUGUCAAUCAAAUCUAGUUAGACAUCAGAGAACUCACACAGGAGUAAAGCCCUACUCCUGCACUGAAUGUGAAAAGUGUUUUAUUCAACAAUCGGAUCUUGUUAUUCAUCAGAGAAGUCACACGGGAGCAAAGCCUUUCUUGUGUUCAGAGUGUGGAAAAUGUUUUAGUGCAAAUACAGAUCUAGGAAAACAUCUGAGAAUUCAUGCUGGAAAACGGCCGUACUCUUGUCCUGAAUGUGGGGAAUGUUUUAGCACAAACACAGAUUUUUUAAAACACCGGGAAACUCACACUGGGCUACCACCUUACUCAUGUUCUGAAUGUGGUAAAUGUUUCAGUCAGAACUCUAGUCUUGUUCUACAUCAGAGAACUCACACAGGUCCAAAUCCUGGCACCGAAAAGAUAGACCCUCAUAUAGACCAUCUGACCAAACACGAGAUGGACAAGGACAAUAUGGCAAAGAGGAUUUUAAAACUCACCUUGGAGAUCAUCUACCUGCUGACUGGAGAGGAUUAUGUCCUUGUCAAGAAAUUCAGUGACCGUAUCACACAGAACAGCAUUCCAUGUGUAUCCAAAGGAUCCUGCAGGACCCAGCUCCCCAGCACGGUGCCCCCAUCUCGUUCCCUGAUCCAUGAGAGAAACCAUGAUCAGAAGAUCCUGGAACUGACCAAUCGGAUCAUUGAGCUGCUGACUGGAGAGGUUCCUAUAAGGUGUGAGGAUGUCACUGUCUAUUUCUCCAUGCAGGAGUGGGACUAUAUAGACGGACAGACGGAUGUGAUGAUUGAGAAUCGGCAGAAAUGUAUCUCUCUUGAUUCACCUGAAUUCAAAAAUUUAUCGGCAGCAUUUCAAGCAGCCGAUUCUGUAAAGGACACAAAUACUGCCACCCAUGACAAGGGGAAAUUAUGGUGUGUUGAAGAGCAUCAAGAAAACCCUAACAUUCCAACAUUCACAUCGCAUAGACAGUCAGAAGAUAGAGUGUCUCCUAUUGAGAAGUAUUCAUCCUCAAUUAUUCUUCCACCCACAGAUCAUCCACAGACAGAAUAUCCAUCUAAUAUUAAGGAUGAAUCAACCUCAUGUAAAGGAGGAAAUCUCACAGACAUUUCUACAACAACAGAACAAAGACAGACCAAACAUACAUGUACUAUCAAGGAAGAAUCAGCCUCAUGUGGAGAAGGACAUCUCACAGAUUCUGACAUUCAUUCAAUCAAAGAACAUGCGCAGAUCGUAUGUCCGGCUCCCAACAUUGAAGAAGGAACUUCAACCUCAUGUGAAGAAGGGAAUCUGACAGAAUAUAACCAUCGUGUCUCAGCUUAUAUUAGAGAACAUAAUAAAACCUCUAACCUCAAAACAAAUGAUAUCUCUCCUCAGAAAGCAUGCACCACUAAGACUUUCAGUUGCUCCGAAUGUGAGGAAUGCUUCACUAACAGUUCGGAUCUGAUCCAACAUGAGACUAUUCACAGAGGAAAGAUGGUAGUGUGUUCAGAUUGUGGGAAACGUUUUCACUUUAAAUCUCAGCUUCUUAGACAUCAAAGAACACACACUGGGGAGAAACCUUUUUCCUGCCCUGAUUGUGACAAAUGUUUCACCCAGUAUUCUCAUUUUGUUCUUCAUAAGAGAACACACACAGGAGAGAAACCAUUUCUCUGUUCUGAAUGCGGUAAAGAUUUUAUUAGCAAUUCACACCUUGUUAGACAUAAGAGGACUCACACUGGAGAAAAGCCAUUUGAGUGUUCUUAUUGCAGAAAAUGCUUUAAUAAUAAAGCAAAUCUUGUUAAACAUUAUCAGAUUCAUACAGGGGAGAAACCCUUUUCAUGUUAUGAAUGUUCAAGAUGUUUCACACAAAAAUCAGAUCUUAUUAAUCACCUUCGAAUUCAUACUGGGGAGAAACCUUAUUCCUGUUCUCUUUGCGGCAAAUGUUUUGGACGUAAGACUACUCUUUAUAGGCAUCUGAGAAUUCAUGUAGGUGCAAAACCAAUAUCUUUUAUUUGACAUUUGAAUAUGUAUUAUUUUUCUCACCAGUGGCUACAUUAGUAACAUUGCAGAGAUAAAUAGAUUCUCAGUUUCAUGCGACUUGAAGAGCAUUGGGUACCUGUGCUGAGUGACAGAACUGUUAUUUUGCCAAAUGUAGACAGAGAGGAUGCAGACGGAAUUAUUAAAGAUGUUAUGACACUAAGCAUCAGUAAAGGCUAUCCUUGUGCCGUGAGAGAAAAAUAAGGAAUUCUAAUAAAAAUGAUGGGCGUGCAUUAACAACUGGCCAAUUCAUACUAAUAGUUCUUCCGUUGAUAGUUAUGCUUUGGGGUUUGUUUACCUUACAGCAGACCAACAAACCAGCACUACAAGGAGAAAUAUGGAGACAAGGGCUUAGCCUGGGACACCCUAUAGAACAGGAAUUUAUUGCUUUGGAGGGAAACCAUCUCACACUGUUUAGAGGAGACAAUCCUGUUUCACAGGUGGAAACUCUUCUCUUGUAACCUAGUCAAGGUUUGACUUCUUACCUGUUAUCUGCCAAGCAUCACUCCCUGCCAGACAGAAGACAAUGAGCUAGCCAUGUCCUGCUUUACUAGCCCUGAUCCUGCUUAGGAGCCUCUAGCUUUCUGUAAAAAAAAAAAAAAAGGUAGCAAAGGCUGGGAGGCCACCUGGCAGACCCCAGGUAAGAAGUCAAACCAUUCUAGAAUGGUUUCACUACUUAGAAUUCUGGGCACCACAGCACUUUUGGCACCAUAAGCACUACAGUGUGCUGUAAUGGUUAUUGCACAUGGAGUGUUCCUUUAGCCUGUGUUAUAAAAAAAGAAAAAUACUCAAAAUUAGCAAACUGACUGUAAGGAGGCAGAUGUCUGCAAUGAAUGUAGUUUGAUAGAGAGAGUUCUUUGUACAUUAAAGGAUCACUAUCGUGUCAGGAAAACAAAGCGGUUUUCCUGACACUAUAGUGCCCUGAGUGUGCCCCCACCCUCAGGGUCCCCCUUCAGCAGCUUACCUUAAUCCAGCACCGGGCUCCCUCGGCGCUAGUGACCUCUCCUCCCCCGCCGGCGUCAGCUUUCCCAUGGACGCUCUGCACGAUGGAUGCGAAAAUAUGCCUCCAGCGUCGCAGAUGCGCCUCUAGUGGCUGUCCAGAAGACAGCCACUAGAGGCUGCAUUAACCCUGCAAAUUAACAUAGCGGUUUCUCUGAAACUGCUAUGUUUACAUGUGAAGGGUUAAAACCUGAGGGACCUGGCACCCAGACCACUUAAUUAAGCCAAAGUGGUCUGGGUGCCUAUAGUGUCCCUUUAAUAAUAACAGAUCUGUGGUUUUAAAACCGAUAUAUUAAAAUGGUUAAGCCUGAUGUAGGAUGUGUUUUAUGCCCUUUUCAUUGUGU